GCCGAUUUUUUCAAUCAAAAAAGUUUUUUUAAUUACAUACAAAGCAGAGCUCAAAUCGGCUCUCAAAAAAUUUUAAUUGAUUGCCCUCCGAAAUUGGUUUGUUCUGCUUAACCAUGGCCUACACGAAUGGUUGAAUAUAGCAAAAGGAUUUCUCGGCACUGCCAAUUUAUAAGAACAACAACUGAAAGAACAAGACGGCGGCCACUCCUUUUGUGUCCGACUCGACUCCCCGUGAUGUGUGUGUGCGUGUUCGUGUCCGCGUCCGUGUUUGUGUAUUGUAAUUGAAAAAUUGUGAUUACUGUAUGAAUUAAGGCUGCAAUAUCGUAAUAAUUAAGAAAGUGGCCAGGCAAUAAAAAGUGAAAAUUUGCUGCGUUUUUUAUGUGUGUCUGCAAGAAAAGAAAUAACAACAAAAACAGCUACGGUGAAGGCAACUCAACUACAACUACAGUUAGAGAUAAGAAGAGCUCUCACUCACCCACACAAACACACGCUUUCAUUUACACGCGAGCAGAACAGAACGAGUGUGUGCGUGCGUGUGCCUGUUUUUAUGACUCACGGCUGGGCCAGUGAGUGGUGGAGCAAGUAAGAGAGCGAUAGUAGCUGAGCUGCUUGACUACCUACGAUACGGCAGCAAAAUACAGUAAUUUCCCGAGCUGAGCGCAACUAAUCGCGUUUGGAAGAAAAUUCCAAAGUCUCCGCCAGAGACAAAGGAAGAACGAGAUCCGAAAGAGAGUGAAAAACCGACAGAACAGAGAAAACCCAAACCGAAAAACAUCACGAACAUGAGUUUCGCCAAGUGGUUCAAGAAGAAGGAGCAAAUCUCCGAGAUCGGUGCACCCACAAAUUUCCAGCGGCACUUUCAUGUCUCGCGAAACCAGGAAACGGGCGAUCUGGAGGGUCUGCCAGCGCCCUGGGUGCGGCUGAUGAAUUCACAGAUCACACGGGACGAGCAGGACAAGAAUCCGGAUGCCGCCUACCAUGCCGUCAAGUACUACAACUACUCGAUCAAAAAGAAGGAAACCGAGGUGUUUAAACCCUUCAUCACUGAGGACGUCAUCCACGAGGAGUCCAAGGAGAUCGAGAACUAUGUCAACUACAAGAACAAGCACAAGUCCCAGGAUCCGGAGAAGUCGGAUGACGAUGGCAGCUCCACGACCACCGAAACGGAGACCAGCAGCGGCUGUGGCUCGUCCACGGGGAACAGCAACAGCAGCAGUAUCAACGACAGCAGCCAGCAGUCCCAUGGUCCCCUGGAUGCCCAUGCCCCUCAUCUCGACGAGAUGUUUAAGGAGCUCAAAUCCAACCUGGAGCACCGCGAAACGCUGAGGGCAACGCCAGCCAUGACCAGCCAACAGGAGCCACCGCCAGUGCCGCCCAAAAAGUCCACGCACACGAUGCCGCCCAAGCCACAGAUCAAGCCAAAGCCCCGAGUCACCCAGAAGUUCUCGCGCUCCUCCGACCUACGGCGGGAGGAUGACGAUCACCACAAGGUCAACACAGACACCAUCAUCAUCAAGCCGGCGGCGCAGGGCCAGCAUGUCGAUGCCUCUGACGACAAUCCCGACGAGACGAUACUGCGACGGUCCAAGGAGAAGCGGGCUCAGAAGACCGAUGCCGAGAUCUACGAUGAACUUAGAGCCAUCUGCAAUCCCGAGGAUCCGCGGGAACGCUACAAGACCACCCUGGAGGUGGGCAAGGGUGCCUCCGGCAUCGUGUUCAUAGCCGGCGAUCUGACAAACGAGGCUCAGGUGGCCGUCAAGACGAUCGACAUGAAGAACCAGUCCUCGAAGGAUCUCAUACUCACCGAAAUCCGGGUGCUCAAGGACUUCAAUCACAAAAACCUGGUGAACUUCCUCGACGCCUAUCUGCUGGAGCCGGAAGACCAGCUCUGGGUGGUAAUGGAGUACAUGGACGGCGGCCCACUUACCGACGUCGUCACCGAGACUGUGAUGAAGGAGCGCCAGAUCGCCUGCGUCUGCCGCGAGGUACUCUACGCCAUUAGCUUCCUGCAUGCGAAGGGCAUCAUCCACCGCGACAUCAAGUCGGACAACGUGCUCCUUGGCAUGGACGGGUGCGUCAAAGUGACAGACUUUGGCUUCUGUGCCAAUAUCGAGGGAGAUGAGAAGCGCCAGACGAUGGUUGGCACCCCCUACUGGAUGGCGCCCGAGGUCGUUACGCGGAAGAAGUACGGCAAGAAGGUGGACAUCUGGUCAAUUGGCAUCAUGGCCAUCGAGAUGAUUGAGGGACAGCCGCCCUACCUAUACGAGACACCGCUGCGAGCCCUCUACCUGAUCGCUGCCAACGGACGGCCCGAUGUCAAGAGCUGGGACAAGCUGAGCCCCAAUCUGCAGGACUUCCUCGAUCGCUGUCUUCAGGUGGAGGUCGAUCGACGGGCCACCGCCGACGAGCUGCUCAGCCAUCCCUUCCUCAACGACUGCAGCGAGGUUAAGGCCCUGGUGCCCAACAUUAAGGCGGCCAAGAAGGUGCUUCGACGCAACGUAUAGUUAAUGUGCAACCAUCGGGCGGCCAGGCUGCUUUAUGCGUGAUCGAAACCCCACUACCAAAUCUUGAUCCCGACACCAAGCGCCACCGGACCAGCCCCCCCCUGUGUAUAAUGAGUUUUCAAUGUAAAUUUUAUUUUGUGUGGAAGAAACUGGAACAGAAUGCUGAUCGUAGUCUUUUUAGUGUGGUAAAGCAACCCCGUAAAAUAGAAAAACAGGAACUGCAGCAGCACCUAGGACUUGGCGAACUCCCCCGUUGAAAACAGCAGCAGCACGUGUGACAGGCAAGAGGAAACCAUCGCCGUGAACGCGCCCUGGGAAGUCUUCGUCGUCGCUCACUCUCUCGCAUGCAGGAAGGCGGAAUGCGGGGGAGCAGUUAUCGCUUAGAUUAGAUUGUCAUAUGGCAAAAAAAUUAGCUUAUUUCGUACAUUGUAAAAAUGUAUGUGACUACACACAGUCACACAAAGGAGCACACACACAUAUGAUAUAGAUAUUGUAUUAUUAAAUGUUUUGGACAUAAGUUGGAUUAAUAUUGAUAUACCCGUAUAUUUACAUAAUUGUGAUUUAAGCGAUUUUAUCAAAUCUGCAUUAUGCAAUUCUACAUAAAAUUCGUCGUAGUCUCUAAGUGAAAACAAAACUCCAAAACCAUACACAUACAGUAAAACCCUAUUGCAAUACUUGUUGUAAAUUAGAAAGCAAAAAUAUAUAAAAAAUAUCAAGUAAAGAAGCUUGAGAUAGAGCAAGUGGAGAAGUGAGUGUAACAAGUGCCAUUAGGACUAGAGCUAGCGCAGCAGCAAAGCGACAACCACACCAACACCAGAAAACAAACAAACAACAAAAUUAUCUAUACAAUUCAUGUCUUUCCCAUAGAAAACACAGAUAUCAGAUAUAGCUAUAGUUAAAAGCAUGCAUACCAACACAAAUCUGUGUGUACUAUUUGUACUAGCUGAUAUUCGCAAAAUGUUCGAUUGAGUGUAAAGUUUGUUCGAUAUUCCAUUUAAAUUAGUACAAACAUAAGACUAACGACAAAACAAUUUAAAUUAGACAACACCUGUUCCUCUUCUCGAUAAAAUUUGCCAUACGCACAAAAAGGAUAAUGUAGUUCCAUACUUAAUAGAGCAGGAAUUGUAAUACUAUUCUAAACUGAACCAUAUAGAUGAUGGGAGGAGCUGUUUUGAUAUCAGUAAUGUGUGUGUCAAAGCUAUAAAACAAAAACAAACAUAUUAAAAAGAAUAUCCUUAAAGAGAGUAUACAUCCAUAUGUAGAUGUGGUAUCCAUACACGAAAACCUAGUCCCAGCGGGAAAUUACGAGCAAUGCCAAAAGAGUAACGAAAGAAAGUAAUCGAUCAGCACCUAAGCACCGAAAUGCAUACAUAUAUAGUUCUGUUUGGCAUCCGUUUUUUUGCUUAGUUAAAUUUACUUGAAGUAGAAGCUCUUUUCCAAACCACUAGAUUUAUCCGAAAACGUAUGCUCUCUCUGCAAGAAUGAAAAGGGUAUAUUUGAGGAUCUUUGGUUAGCUUUUCUUAGUUGUGUGUAGAAAUCUUAGUAGGGAUUUUUCUUUUACUUGCUAUUCUGAUAUUAGUGGCUAAAAUCUGCUGCUGCUGCUGCAGAUCGGUUCAUAGAUAAAAUUUAUAUACGAAACGAAAUCCCAUUCAUGAUUUUGAAAGAGCUUAACAGAUUUAACGAAAAUUUACUUGAUUUUCUUAGUUUAGCUUAAAUAUGAGUAUUAUGAUUAGGCAAGGCAACGAACGGAAAGUAGAAGUAUUUGGUAGAAGGAUGGAGAGGGAUGGGCUUCAUUGGAAACAAAACACGAGACAUACCCGACCUUACAUAUUCGCAAAAAACGCAUUUAAGACGAAAGCAAAGAUUGCAAUUAAUAACGUAAACGUAACAAAUGAAACUUAAGUCUUACACAAACCGAAACAAAAAAAAUGGUAGCAUAAAUUUUUUAUACGCAACUUUUAUUGCAAUUGUAAAGAGACGACGAGGAAGAAGAGCGAAGGGAAGUGAAUGUAGAAGCUGAAAUCAAUUUUGAUCGAUUCGUAAUUAUACAAGAAGAAUUGGCGCUAUUUCAAUUAAAACUAAAUGUAGUUCGAGACACAGAAAGCAUAUUAAA